AUGAUUACAAAAGCGUAUUGGAAUGCAUCUAUAGCUACCACAACUCCUGUACCGGAUCCAUUGAUGUCUAAUCCUUUUCUUGCUUGGGCAAGUGGAGUUCUCAAUAUUACAGGAAGUGCACUGUUGAUUUUUGUUCUAAUUCUCAUCUUUAUUGCUAUUCUACUUGGUUGCAUUGGGCUUAUUUGUAUAUGCAGAUGUUGUUGUGCUAAGCGCCAGAAACACAAAGCCACGUAUCAAAAAAUGCCAUCCCUUUACGUUGAUCAGUUGCCUGGCCAAGGUGGCAAUGUCGAUGCCCUAGGAACCUUAGAGUACUCGCUCGAGUACAACAUGAAGACCAAUGAACUGAAGGUGGGCAUCAUCCAAGUGAUGGAUUUAACGGCAAAAUCAGCUUCUGAUCAGCUGGAUCCCUAUGUAAAGCUGGUCCUUACGACAGAUGACCCAAUUGAUAAACCUACACGGAAACACAAGAAGAAGACACCGAUUUACAGGACUGAAAUCAAACAUGACUGUCAAAGUGCAUCCUUCAACGAACAAUUCAGCUAUAAGUUGCCUUAUGACAAUCUAAAACUGACACAAAUCAGGAUGAUCGUCUACGACUAUGAUUCGAAGUUGAAAGAUCUUGUUAUCGGCGAGUUGGUGGUGAGACUUGAAUCCAUCCCAAUGGAAAACUACGUAGGGAAGACACAUGAGGCUGUUGGAUACCUGGGCCCAUCGAUGGGGGCUGAUGAUGAGCCUGGUCAACUUUGCGUUGUCCUCAAGAAUAUGCCUCAGGAAGAAGAACUUCAUGUUAAUGUUCUGGAAGCUCGCCAGCUAGCUUUACCUUUAUUACAUGGAAAGCGGUAUCCUGACACCAUGGUGUCUGUCACCCUCCAUAUUGGGAAUAAAAAACUCGCAAACAAAAAAACAGAUUUUCGCAGUAACACCGUUAAUCCCUAUUAUGGCGACACCCUAAUAUUUUCUGUAAAACGAGAGAAGCUCAUGUUGGCUGAUCUGACCUUGAGCAUCAAAUACAGGACCCAUGGUGGGUUACUAAAAACCUUCGGAAAAGUACUUCUCGGGACCACAGUAAAUGAAGCUUCAAACCAAAAACAGUGGCAGGAGAUGCUGCAGAGCCCCAGACGACCUGUUGCCAUGUGGCAUUCAAUUAUUCCCAAAGACGUCCAGCAGUAG